AUGCCAGUGGACCCUAUCGAGCCACCUAAGUUCAAGCACAAAAAGAUCCCUAGGGGCUCUGGUUCACCACCUGUGCCUCUUAUGCAUUCUCCUCCUCGUCCUGUUACAUUGAAGGAUCAACAGGAUUGGAAGAUUCCGCCUUGCUUUGUAUGUUGCAGAGGAGAAAGCCAGAGAAGCGGUUGCAAUGCGGUCAAAGAGCUGAUGAUGAAAGCUAAGGAAAAGAAAGAGAUGGAACUGUUGCAGAGAGAGAAGAUACGACGCCGCGAGAGGAGAUUGGAUGAGGCAAAAAAUGCUUCAGCAAUGAGUGGUAAUAAGAAGAGAAAGAUCAACAGAGAUAGAGACCGUGAUAUCAGCGAGAAGGUGGCUCUUGGGAUGGCUUCUACAUCAAGAGGCGAGGUCAUGAUGUAUGACCAGAGAUUGUUCAACCAAGAGAAGGGGAUGAAUUCUGGAUUUGCCAGUACCGAUGAUGCCUACAACAUCUAUGAUAAACACUUAUUUACUGCUCAGUCUACUCCAUACAGACGGAAGAAAGACGUGGAUUCUGAUGUAUAUGGUGGUGCUGACGAGCAGCAGCAGCUGGAGAAGAUCAUCAAGACGGAUCGCUUCAAGCCUGACAAGGCAUUUGCUGGAACAUCUGAGAGGACUGCUCCAAGAGAUAGACCUCUGGAAUUUGAGGAUGCUGAUCCAUUUGGUUUGGACCAUCUCUAG